UGGCCGUGCCUUUGGAGCAAGGACCAGCCCUCCCCGGGAGUUCCCGCUGGAUGGACGGAGGCGAGCUGAUGGCAUCAUGUCUACAACAUGCUCUUUGCACUUAAACAGCCCCCUCCGUGCUGAGUCCCAGUUGUGAAGCUGUCUGUGCUGUACUGGGGACAAGUGGGACAACUUGUUAAAUGCAGAUACUUUCUUGUGGUUAGAAAUGAACUUACCUUGGCAGGAAACAGUCAGCAAGGCUGGCAAAGAGACUGUUUAGCCCUCUCAUGCAAGAUCUCUUCAGAAGUAAAGAAGCACAAAAGGAGACGUUCUGUUCCUUGAAAAUAACUGGAACCACUGGCAAGAAGCGGCAACACUGUGCAUCAAACAAGAUAAACUGGAAAUGGUUUCCAAAACACGCUGUUGAACUGAAUUUUGCAGCUGCAUUUUCAAAUGUACCAUGGGAUGCAUCAAAUCCAAGGAUGCCUUUCCAGGUUCAAAUGCUAUCCAGGAUGAAAGGAUCAGGGAAGGUAAUGAAGGAUGCACUGGGGAGAAAUCAUCACUGAUAGCAGUGAAGGUGGAUGAGAAAGGUCCAUCAAGCACUAUAGUGCUAGACUAUGCACACCGUCUUUCGCGUGAGAUUCUUGAUCAGGCGGUGAAACAGUGGGCAGUGACUGAAAGCAAAUACAGUGACAUCCCUUAUAUUGAAAGUGAUGUGCCCUGAGCCCCGACUGGCAAGGACUGUCUUCGCAGUGAGUGUCCUCACUGUUAAGCAGUUUGUAUCUGAUACUAGUGCAAAUAAAGUAAAAUCAGCUGUGACUUGAGCACAAUGCCACUAUAUGAAUGUGUUUGCAAUGGGAGGCUGAAAAAAAUUGCCUUUUAAUCUAUAUUGCUAAGAAACUAAUUGGAUUACAGUAGAAUCUAUUAAUCAAGUAUCAUUUGUUAUCA